CCCACAGAUGUGGGUGGAAUGCAACGGGCUGCGGAUGGAUUACGAUCAGGACAACAUUGAGUACAACCAUUCACCACCAAACAAUCCCGACUGCGCAAAGUAUAACACCAUGUAUGCGCGGGCGUUUUCCUUUGACGACAGACCGUGGCCCGAAGAAAAAAAACACUUGGUGUACAAGCUGGCCGAAGCUGGAUUCUACAACUGCGGUCUUACUGUGCCGGGAGUUUCGGUAUGCCCGGAUGCUGUACGCUGUUUUUACUGCUAUGUCUUCAUUUCUGGAUUGCCGCUGGAUCUGGAACCAUGGAUUGAACAUGCCCGCCAAUCACCAGCCUGUGCAUAUCUGAUGAAUGUAAAAGGCAAACGGUUCAUCAACGAUGUUAUACGAGCUUGCAAGUCCCCUGUUACCGACAUUGGAAUACAAGGUAUGACAGUUUUGGAAAACAAAGCACGGCUCGUUGGCUUCAGUCAAGACCAAAUUGAUGCCGCUAAGGCCAAGAAGAAGGGCCGUUUCUAUUUUUGGGAGGAAUUGGAAGAAGCGGUGGAGUUCCACAACGCCGAUUUUUUGGAGCAAAAGCAUUUUUUGCACUAUGCCACCGAAGUACCCGUCGGAGACGAUGCCCGCACCGUUGAGCAGUUGAAAUGUAAAAUCUGUCUGUCGCGGUAUGCCAACACGCUGAUCAGUCCGUGUAAGCAUUUGGUCAUGUGCGGACAGUGCGCCAAAGCGACCCUAGACCGAGGAAGCCUCUGCCCGUACUGCCGUCAGCCUGUUGAAGCCGUCACGUCACUUUAUUUUACUUGAUACAUUUUGCUGUUCUGGAAAAUUGUGUGUGACAAAAUGUUGCACUGCAAAAUGUAGCAGUUGCAUUCUGCUGAUACUAUAUAACUGUAAUAGUUUUAUUCUGCUUUCCUUUUUUCUCUACUUGCUUUCAUUCGUUGUUGAUUCUUUAAACGUAAUGGAUAAUGGAUGAUCUUAAUGCGUUUGAUGGCGAAGCUCUUUGGGAUAAAGUUUUAAGUGACCUGGAAAUUCAGCUGCAGGACUAUAAUGUUCUUACGACUCCGACAACAAUUACGCAACAACAACAACAACAGCAACAACAGCAACAGCCAGAACUACACCUUCAAUCAAGUCCGUGGUCUCCACCACCCAUUCAGCCGAUUUUUAAAGAUGAAGCAACUGGUGCGGAAAUCUGCCACCACGUGGGUGACCAGAUAUUCCGUUUAACACCAUUAUAUGGCCGCCUGGAAGAC